AUGGUCUACCAAAAGAUCGAAGGUGACGCUCUAUGGGAGUUCGACUUUGACCCCAAGGAAUUGAAAGCCAAGUACCUAGCGGAACGAGACAAGCGUCUCCGUAAAGAUGGUAUCGAGCAAUAUGUUUAUAUCACCCCAGAUUCUAAGUUCCGAUCUCUGUUGGAAGAUCCCUACGUCACCUUAAAAGAACGUGCUGAACUCCACGAUGAGGUUCCAAUCAUCAUUCUCGGUGGUGGCUUCACUGGUCUUACAACCGCCGUCAAGCUCCAAAAUGCUGGAAUCACCAACUUCCGCAUAAUCGAAAAGGGUGGUGACUUUGGUGGAACUUGGUACUGGAACCGAUACCCUGGGGCUGCUUGCGACUCUGAGAGUUACUGUUAUAUGCCAUUGCUCGAAGAAACAAACUACAUCCCCGUCUCCAAGUACACUCGUGCUCCCGAAAUCUUGGCACACUGUGAGCGUAUUGGAAAGAAGUACGACUUGUACAAAUCUACUAUCUUCCAUACCGAAACCAUUGAAUCUCGUUGGGACGAUGCCAGUUCUCGCUGGAUUGUAAAGACAAACCGUGGCGAUGUUAUGCGAUGCCAAUACCUCAUCAGUGCAUCAGGACCACUACACAAGCCUAAAUUGCCCGGUGUUCCUGGCCUUGAUUCAUUCGGCGGCCAUAUCUUCCACACUUCUCGAUGGGACUACGAAUACACUGGUGGAAACUCUUACGGAAACCUAACCAAGCUCGGUGACAAGCGCGUAGCUAUCAUUGGUACCGGUGCUACUGCUAUCCAAGCCGUCCCAUACCUCGGUGAAUUCUCCAAACAACUCUACGUUUUCCAAAGGACACCAUCAAGUGUCGACUACAGACACAACAAGCCCACAGAUCCAGAAUGGGUCAAGAGUCUCAAGCCCGGAUGGAAGAAGGAACGAGAAAACAACUUCAACAUUAUGACCAGUGGUGGUGUCGUUGACGUAGAUCUCGUGAAUGACGGUUGGACGGACAUGUUCCAGGAAUUAAUGUCCUUGAUCUCAAACUCAAGUCACCCUAAAGCCAAGAACUACACAAUCGAAGAUAUGGCUCAAUUAGCUGACUUCCGAAAGAUGGAGAGAAUCCGAGCCCGUGUAGACCAGAUCGUCAAAGACCCCAAGACUGCCGAAGCCUUGAAACCAUACUACAACAAUCUCUGCAAACGACCAACAUUCAGUGAUGAAUACUUGCCGACAUUCAACCGCCCCAACGUUAAACUUGUUGAUACCAACGGUAAAGGUAUUGAUGCUUUGACUCCAAAGGGAAUCAUGUACAAUGGAACACUCUAUGAAGUUGAUUGCAUAAUCUUUGCCACUGGAUUCGAGGUCGGAACUAGCUGGAACUCUCGAAACGGUUACGAUAUCAUUGGACGUAACGGUCUUGAUCUAGAAGACAAGUGGAAGAAUGGCCUCUCAACCUUAUACGGUGCCUUCAUGAACCAAUUCCCUAACUUGUUCAUGGUCCAACCCGGCCAAGCCGCAGUAGCAGUCAACUGGCCAUUCCCACAAGGAAUCCAGACAUCAGCUAUUGUCAAAGUCAUCAAGAAGGCCAACGACAUGGGAGCUACUGUUGUUGAAGCUACCCAAGAGGCUGAAGAUGAAUGGGUUGAACAAAUAGUCAAGGCUUCCUUAUUGAACGCACGAUACUUGGAAGAAUGUACCCCAGGUUACUACAACCGUGAAGGUGAAGUGUCUGUUUUGGCAGCACGAAACACUUCUUUCGGUGGAGGACCAGUUGCAUUCGAUGAAAUCGUCACUAAAUGGCGUGAUGGUGAUAUGAAGGGAUUGACCUUUACCAAGGGUAAAGAAACUGCUGCUUCUGCUUCUGCUAGAUUGUAA